AUGAAGUUCACGUCUGCCUUUCUCUUCAGCGCUGCUGCUCUGUUCUAUGCUGCUUACGCAGCUCCCACUGGUGUAACCGAUGGGCUCUCUCGACGCACCGGUGGUGAGGCGUACACCACCCCGCCGGAUGACCUCGAGAAGCGCGUCGGUGGUGAAGUUUACACUUCCCCGCCGGACGACCUCGAGAAGCGCGUCGGGGGUGAAGUGUACACGUCCCCGCCCGAUGGUGAGAUCUCGUCAAACAUGCAGAACAUCUGCGUUUAG